GACGCCCCCAUUACAUACUUUGUUGUGCUCUCCCUUUCAGAAUAUAUACAACGUUUUUAAUUGUAUUUCAUUGUAUUUCAUUGUGUAGACAUUUGUUUUGAUGGCUUUUUAAUCGAUCUUUCAGUAACCAGUAGCCUAAGUAGGGCUAGUGGGGUUCUGGCGGGUUCUAUUUGUACUCGGAGGUCGGAAUUUCUGAGUUCCAAGUCACAAGUUUCAACUGGAAUACCCCCUCAAAUCGGAAUUCCAAUUUGGAAAGUCGGGGCAACCCACUAUCCCGGAGUUCGAAAUCCAAGAUGGCGGCACCUUAAGUGAAAAGCUGUAGUUUUACUGUUCUUUUUAUUUGUUUCUCAUAAAAAUUGUCCUACACUUUUAGUACUGCUGUCUGAGGACAUGUUGCUAUGGUGUUAUAUGCGUGAAAAAACAUUUAAAUGUGUUUUUAUCAAAAGAAAGGUUAAGCACAACAAAGGACGCGAUGAACUUGGGUUAAUUCGAGUGUGACGUCAUUCCGAGCAGGAGGACAAACCCAGCCUGCUGCUCUCCUUUCACACGGAGCCCAAACAAGAGUCACUGGAUUCUGAUUGUAACAGUGUUUAUUGGUGGAUUCAGAGAUGACAUCAGCAAAGCUGGAAGACAAAAGUCAAACGCUGGGACUGAAUGUUAUCAUUAAAGAUGAAGAAGAGGAGAAUGGGGUUAUCAUUAAAAAAGAAGAGGGAGAUGUACUUAAUCGAGACCACAGCACUGAGGCUGCAUCCAGCUCAUCAACAUCCAGCCCAUCACCAUCACCUGUGCCCAUUCAAGCAAACGAGGGCUUCACAAAGGACCAAACAUUGUUUUUCAUAGAACUGAUGCGGCGGCACAUAGAGGCUGAAGGAGAAGGUCUCCCAAAAACCCUGAAAGACCUGAACACCCGACUGAAAUCUGCCAAGGCAAACAAGAAACAGCUUUGGAAGGACACAGCAGAGACGUUGGGCAGACAUUUCAAGCAGUCAUUCUGCCCUGAUAAGGUGGCCAGGAAAUGGGGCACCCUUGUCGAUGGUUACAAGAAGGUGAAAGACAAUAUUACAACUACAGGGAAGGGAGCCAUGCGCUUCCAGUUUUACACAGAAAUGGACGACCUUCUGGGAGGGCAACACGAUGUCGUCUUCCCUAGAGGUGCACUAGAGGCGCGCAGACCUGUGACGCUAGGCCUAGGCAGCAGUGUGACUGCACUGGCUGACACUGCAUUCAGCUCAUCUACCUCACCGAUGCCUCCACCGACGCCGGCUCGGAAACGCAAAAGGGUGGAUGAGGUGAUGCGGUUUCUGCAAGCGGCAGAAGAAGCCAGUCAGCGGCGCCACGAAGAGACACUAACACAACUCCGGUCUGCACAGCAGGGCUUUGAGUCAUUGAUGUCCAGGUUGUUGGACAAGCUGUGAGCCAAAUUAAGUCUUAAUGGUUUUUAUUGCAUAUAGUUGUACUUUUUAGCUGCUAUAUUUCUGUCUGUGGUUAUGUUUUUUUAUGGUUAUAUUUUUUGUAUUAGUAAUUCUGUUAUUGUAAUAUUAUAAU